AUGGUACGAGGUAAAUUGAUCUUGAUUGAGGGUCUGGAUAGAACUGGCAAGUCUACCCAGUGUGAAAAUGUGGUCAACGCAUUAGGAAAUGAUGCCGUUUUGAUUAAAUUCCCAGAUAGAACAACUAAGAUUGGUCAGUUGAUUAACCAAUACCUUACAGAUAAGGAUUUCGAGCUUCCAGCUCAGUCGAUACAUCUUCUUUUCUCUGCUAAUAGAUGGGAGUUAAAAGAAGAGAUUCAUUCCAUGUUGAAGGCCGGGAAACACGUAGUGCUGGAUAGAUACGUAUAUUCCGGAGUUGCAUAUUCGGCAGCUAAAGGGAUCCAGGGUAUGGAUAUUUCUUGGUGCUUCAAUCCCGAUAAAGGAUUGCUGAAACCUGAUUUGACUUUAUUCUUUUCGAAUUCAUCGAACAUGCGGGAUCGUGAGGGGUUUGGAGAAGAAAGAUACGAAAAGGUUGAGUUCCAGAGACAGGUACGUGAUACUUUCUUCAACGUAUUUGACCAAAUAAAAGACUCAAAUAGAAUUGUUAUCGAUGUAUCAGACAAAUCGAUUGACGAAGUAUUCUCCGAGAUUAAACCAUUGAUUCAUGACGUUAUAAAUAAAGAACUAGGUGAAUGUGUAUACUUCUAA